AGUUAGUAGGAUAUCAGGCGCCUGCUUUCGCCGACCUGCUACAAAGCCACGGAACGGUCGCGGAAUAAUUAAGCAUCCUAUCCCUGAACGAAGAGGAUUGUCGGCCGAGAAUAUUGUGUGCGCUACGGCAUGCACAUGCGAUAUAAUACAAGGUAACUAUUUACAAACCUCCAAAGCGAGUAGUUUAUGCUAUGAACACAUUGCUUCACCUUGACUUAUAUUCUCCAAUAAUACUAUCCAGAAACCACAAUAAUGAAAUUGAUUAUUUCAGGAGCCACAGGCUUCGUAGCCAAUGAAAUCGUACGACAGAGUUUAAGCAGGUCCGAGAUUACAUCUAUCGUGGCUCUAGCUCGCAAGCCGGUAUCAAUUCCUGAGAAGCUUCUACCGAACGCAAACCCUUCCAAGCUUAAAAGUGUCGUAAUAAAAGAUUACGAUCAUUACCCCGAAGAAGUCAAAACUGAAUUUGCUGGAGCUACGGCCUGUAUAUGGACGGUCGCUAUCACGCCGUCAAAAUCAAGGAUGUACGAUUUUGAGGAAGUCAAGCGCAUCUGUCAGGCAUCUACAAUCACAGGUUUUAAGGCCAUACAUGAAGCUGGUGUCUCGAAGCCGUUUCGAUUCCUUUAUAUGAGUGGUGCAACAGCGGAACGUGACCCGGAAAAGGCCGUACGGUUUCAGCCACAGUAUUCUUACAUGCGGGGAGAGACGGAAAACCAAGUUCUUGCAUUGGCAGCUGAGCUUGAUGGAGUUGAGGCCAGUGUCGCAAAGCCAGGCUAUAUCACUGCACCUGGCGAAAUUAUGAGGUCUAUUGCCGGCAUUAUGAUACAACUUGUUGCUGGUAUCCCUAGCAUCAGUAUCGUGGACCUUGCGACAGCUAUGCUGGAUCAGGUUAUAAAUGGUUUUGAGAAAGACCCGUUGAUGCCCGAAGAUUUGAUCAGGGUUGCCAAGGCACAUCAGCAAGUUUCCGAAUAAUAGUUGAACUUGUGGGUAAAAGUUCAAUGCAAGAUGUUGGUGAGAUUACCAUUACACUCUCCUGUUAUGGAGGGAAUAUUAGGAGUAAUAGAUAGGAGAAACGGAUCUUAAGUUCGUUGCCACCCCCUUUCUUUAACAAUACAGGCCUAGAUGUCUAGGAGUAUCGCAUGCUUCCAACUACCGUAUAAGGUGGUUCAUCAAUUCGGG